CCCCGCGGGUACGCGCUCGCGGCCGUUGCGGGUCCCAGUCGUGAGCCACGAAGAGGCGGGCCUUUCCGCUUACCCUGUGCGACGACAGGAUCGCUCCCGUUGAGCCUCAGCAUCAAGAGCCAAUGAGCAGCCUGGAGGUGGGCACCAACCUUACUGACAUCGUGGCCGAGAGAAAGAUCACCAUCCGGGAGCUGGGGGGCUGCAUGGCCCCCAUCUGGUCUAGUUACUAUGGAGAUUGCCAUUCUCUCCUGUUCAUGGUGGACGCCUCCAGCCCCACCCAGCUCUCUGCAUCGUGUGUGCAGCUCCUGGGUCUCCUUUCUGCAGAGCAGCUGGCGGAAGCAUCUGUCAUGAUACUCUUCAAUAAAACUGACCUGCCCUGUUACAUGACUGUAGAGGAAAUGAAGUCAUUAAUCAGGCUCCCUGACAUCAUUGCUUGUGCCAAGCAGAACAUCACCACGGCAGAAAUCAGUGCUCGGAAAGGCACUGGCUUGUCAGAGGUUCUGCGCUGGCUCCAGGACACCCAUAAGACCAAGAGUUGACUACCUGUGGAGAAACGUGGCUGGCUGGCCCUGUGGCAAGGAGGAGAGGCUGGGGUCCCUUGGCCUCCAGCAGUUUGUGCUUAUAGACACAAGAUGACCUGAUGUAUAAGCCCAGAAGGUGGUCUUCUGUGCCAGUUUGCAAUGACAGAUAAACUAAGGCAUACAGGUUACAGAAACUCCUGACAGCUGGCCUUUGAAUGCAGAUUGUCCUGUGGACUGGAGAGGACAAGCCUGCACGUGUCUAGGUGUCCAACUGCAUGGGGUGGUGCUGCUGGGAUCUGUCCCCCAAUUACCGGGAAAACAGCUCCCCUUUCCCCACGGAGUCUGGGCUGCACGGCAUUGCAGAGCCUGCUUUCAGCUACAGCACAAGCUCCAACCUGCUGAGUUUCUGAUAUGCUGAGGGUGUGACCCCUGCUGCACGACAUGAGGCUCUAAAAACCAGGCCUAAUCCAACAAGAGUGACAUGUUCACUGGUUCCUUUGUUCAGCAAACAUUUGUCCCUGAGGAGCCUGCAGAAAGGGUUCGGCAGGUAGGAGGGUGGGGGAGGCUGGGAUGGAACGCAGAACCUCAGGGUCAAGGUGUCCUAUCCCACUGCGUUCCAUCCUCUAAGCCAGGGGGCUUGCGGGGAACACCUGUUGAUUGGUGUGUUCAUAUUCUAAGGUCCCUGCAACAAAUCCCACAAACUGGGGCUUACACCAGUGGGAAUUUACACUCAGUUCUGCAGGCUGUAAGAUAAAUCACAGGGUCAGCGGGGUCGGUUCCUUCUAGAGGCUUGAGGAAGAACCCUGCCUGGCCUCUGAGCUUCUGCUGGCUGCUGGUAACCUUUGGUGCUCCUUUGCUAGUGGCUUGGAGAACUUGAAUUUUGGCUUGUCUUUGUGGGACCCUCUCCUCAUAGGGACACCUGUCAUUGGCUUUAGGGCCCACCCUAAAUCUAGGGUGAUCAAAUUUUGAGAUUUGUGAUUGCAUUUGCAAAGACCCUUUUCCCAAAUUUCACCUUUACACGUUCUGGGGUUGUGACCUGGGCACAUCUCCUCAGGGCCACUGUACAGCCCACUGCCACGGGAUAGGCAGCUUCCGACCUCAGCUAGCAGCCUGGACUCAUCGGGCUCCAGGCUUCUGCUCUCACUUCCUCUGUGCGGAGUGGCAGGCUCAGAGCCUCAGCCUCUGCAGGUUCCUGCUCUCUGCUUUGGGACCAAAGCAGCUGGCUUUCAGAUGUCCCCCCAUUUCAGAGCUACGGCACAAAGCACUCCCAGGAGACAUGCACUUGGCUGUUUCAAGGGGUGACCGGCCUAUGCUGUCUGAGCAGAGCCUCCAGCCACGGGCUUAGUCUCUGACAAGUGAGAGUCGGGCCUGGUGACACCCCUAAUGGGAAAGCUGGCCCGGGCUAAGUUGACUAGUUUCAUAGCCACUCUGACAGGGCCUGGGAAGACAAUUUCAUACUUUAUCAGACCAGUGGAAACUGGUUUUAAGACAAAUUUCCCUUAACAGCCAGUUUCUCCCUCCACUCUCAUGCAGCACUUGAUGUGCAGGAAACAGGCCCUUCUCAGGGACCUGCUCGCCCUGUUCCUGAUGCCAUUCCCAUGUCUCAGAACACCCUAUAAAAAGGAUGCCAACUGGGCAAGUGGGCCUGCUGCCCAUCCAGGCUGAGGGACAAAAACAGAAGGUGGAAGCACAGGUUCGGGGAGGAGGGAAGAUAACCGAGAGCCAGGGUCAGUCCAGCUGCACGUGUUCCAGGAGGGAGUCCCAGCCACCUACCGCAAACAGCACCCCUGGUCACUGUGUGCAGGGGCUGGGGUCACCCGCCACUCAAACAUGGCCCCAAGAGAAUACCAGUCCUGAGUUCAGGUACAGCUUCCUCAGUCUAAAUGUUUAAUUGGAAAAUAAGCUUCCUCGUAGAUACAAACUCUGGGAAGGGUAAAGGGACCCCCAGGACCCACCAGUCUCCACACUCUUUGAGGGCUGCCUGGCUGGGACUGGGCUGGGCCUUCUCAACUGUGCACCCCCUCCUUGAUGUUGAAUUUCCAAAAGCUUUGGAGCCUCCCCGCCUCUCUCACCUGUACCCCAGGUCAGGUAACACCUGGCUGCUCCCACCUUGGUGCCAGUGGGGAGGUUCAAACCCUGCAGGCCCUGGCAUUGGCGGGAACCUAGCACCUGUUGGGAUCAGGAUGGAAGGGACUGCAUAGCGGCCUUCCCAGAGGAGCAACCCCGAUAUCCCUCCUGCGCGAAAUGCCCCUUCUAAUAAAUUUGCUUAUUUCGGUUUCAAUUCAAGCUGCCCCUAUCAGGGAAGAGGCCAUAUCCAAUUCUCCCUGAAAAUUUUGAGUGCUGGCCCUAAAGGAAAUUGGAAAAAAACCACUACUGCCCUUGUGAGUACCCCCGAUGAUGGGAGAGUGAGACCCCAUGAGAACUGGACACAAGCUUAUGGGAAAAAAGAUAGGGAAAAUUUACCUGGGUCAAGGUCCCUUCCCCUGCCCCUACGUGGCCUCCAAAUGACAUAUUCAAUUAAUGGCGACAGGUGGGUAGAGAACACAUGAUAUUCUGUGGCUAGCCCGCCAGAGAACUGGCAAACUAUAAAACAAAUGACAACAGGACAUUACCUACUCCAGCUCAGAAAAACCUCGUCUUACUGAAAAUGGGUCUGAGGCACAGUCUGUAAAAUUUGUCCCUGUCCGCCAAAAGGUCAUUGUGUUCUUUUAGAGCCUCUUUCUUUCCUACCGGAGAUGAAGAAUGGGAGUAUAGCUAUGAAAGAAUGAGAAUAAAAAUAAUACAUAAUUACAUUAAAAAAAUAGAAUAGUGAACUUUAGAUUCCAAGAAUCUGGCACCUACCUAUCCUUUGUAAUAUUUUCUGGCUGCAAUAACUAAGAACAAAGCUUACUUAGAAACAAGUUAACUGCUAGGACCUGCCAAACGAUGUAAUCUCAUUCUCCAAACUCAUGUAACCGUGCUAUGUGUCAAUUAAAUGAUUCAUAUCUGUACUUCAUGUAAUCAAAGAGUGUAUAAUCAGGCUGCUACUCUUCAUUAAAGGCCAGGCUCAGCUUUGC